AUGUGUCCAAUUUCUUCGUCAUCAUCAACUCAUCAUGCCACGCCUUCCCCUUUUGCCUCGUCUCUGAAGAACCUCUUCCAAACGGGAUGCUUUUUCCAGAGCCUCUCCUCAACAAGCUCGAUUGGGACGCCUUUCGUCUCUGGCAAUAGAAACAGCACAAACAAGCCCAUCACCACAAUCCACGCCGCAAAGAAGAAGAAAAUGAAUGCCUGCGCUAUUAUGAACGUAAAUAUCAUGUUGGAGCUCACGGCCACUGCAAACCCUGCUGUUCGGAUCUCGCUGGGGAUUAGCCAACCCAUUGGGCCCCACGACCACGCAAAUGACAUCACGUACGUGCAAACGAGCACCACCACAAUGCCGGCCAUGAACUUGUCUAGUGACCCAGUCGGCUUUAGAACAAGAAAAAGGAAAGAAAAGAAGAUGAAUGUAUGUACCUGUGAAAUGAACAUCUGGACACAAGCCUGGAGAAGCAACUUUCUCCUCCCAACCUUAUCCACCGCGAAAACCGAGACAAAAGUCGAGAAGACAUUAACCAAACCCGUGAUAACAGACGACAGCAACGAGGCAUCUGCACCGAAGCCCAACGUCUGGAACAGAACAGGCGCGUAG